AUGCGCUUCCAUCCCUUCGAGGUGUCGACACCCCAUGUCGUGUAUGCGGCAUUGGGUGGGUUUGUCGUCUUGUUCGGCAUGUUCUCGCUCUUCAUUCGUGAAAAGCUCUACAUCGGCGAAGCCAUCUGGGCCUUCCUUUUUGGAGUCGUCAUUGGUCCAUACGGCGCCAAUAUCUUCGACCCAAGAGCCUGGAGCGGCGGCAAUGUCGAGGUCUCUAACACCAUAACCCUCGAGGUCACUCGCGUCAUCCUCGCCAUCGGAGUCUUCGCCAUUGGGGUCGAGCUGCCGAAAGCAUACAUGCAGCGGCACUGGAAGAGUCUCUUGUUUCUACUAGGUCCUGUCAUGACAUGGGGGUGGUUUGUUUCAGGAGGCUUGAUUUAUGCCCUCAUCCCUGGCCUCAACUUCCUGUCGUCCUCGUCGUUGCUGCAUGCCUCACGCCCACGGACCCUAUCCUCGCAGCAGCAGUCGUUGGAGGCAAAGAGUGGUUGCAACGACGGGGCCGCGUUCCCGUUUUUGUACAUCGCCCUUUACCUCACCAUCGACUCUAGUACGCGCCAGGCCAUUACUGACUGGUUCCUCAUCCUUUGGUUAUACGAAGUUAUUGUAGGCUGCACCUUCGGAGCGCUGCUCGGCUUCGGCUUCCGACACCUCAUGAAGUUCUGCGAGCGCAAGGACCUCAUUGACCGGCAGUCGUACGUCGCGCAAUAUGUCUCCCUCGCCAUGCUCACCAUCGGCGCCACCACACUGCUCGGUUCCGACGAUCUACUCGCGGCCUUCUGCUGUGGUACGGCAUUCGCUUGGGAUGGCUUCUUCAACAAGCAGACGGAGGAGUCGGUGUUCUCGUCCGUCAUCGAUCUGCUCUUCAAUGUCGCAGCAUUCGUCUUCGUCGGCGCUUGGAUGCCGUUCAAUGACUUCGCCAACGCCGAACUCACACUCUCCGUGUGGCGCCUGCUAGUUAUCGGCAUCCUCACCAUGAUCCUCCGCCGCCUGCCCAUUGUUAUCGCGCUUUACAGGUGGAUCCCGGACAUCAAGACCUUUCGUGAAGCCAUCUUCAGCGGCCACUUUGGUCCCAUGGGAAUCGGCGCCAUCUUCAUCUCCACCCUCGCCGCGCAGGAGCUCCCCGAGGCCGAGAGCCCGCCGCAGGGCCAGCAGCAGAUGCUCGCGGCGACCAUCCAGCCCAUCGUCGCCUUCAUGGUCCUCAUCUCCAUCGCCGUGCACGGGCUCUCGAUCCCCUUCUUCACCUUCGGCCGCCGCGUGCACUCCGUCUCCCGCACCUGGUCCCGGCACGACACCGCGGGCACGCUCGGCUCCCGCCGCCGCUCCGUCCUCCCCGAGUGGGCGACGCAGAUCACCCACGUGCGCGAGGGCGAGGCCAUCGUCAUCAACCGCGACCAGGACCAGCAGGAGAGCCUGACGCCGGCGGGCUCGCAGGUCGAGAAGGGCACGAGCUCGUCGCCCGCGGCGUCGGAGGACCUCACGGAGCGCGGCGAGGCGCGCGCGCGCGCGCAGACGCCGCCGGACGGGGAGGAGAAGGUCUUGGAGUGGAACGAAGGCCCGCACCGGGUGAUCGAGAGGCGCGCGGGCCCGGGAGCUGAGGUCGAAGUCGAGGUGCAGCGCAACGUGAACGGCGGGGAGCCCGUCGUCGAGAUCACGCGCGUCGCGGAGGACGGCGCGGCGAAGUUCCUCGCCGACGUCCGCGAGCGCCUCCGGCACGCGCCCGCCGACGUCGAACACGCGGUCGAACACGCGGUGGACGCCGCGACGCGCGUCGUGAGCCCCACGCAUUCGGCGCGGUCGCCCCCGCCCCCGCCGGGCGACGAGGACGACGAGGGGUGGAUGUCGGACCAGAGCGCGAGCGGUGCGCCUCCGCGCGCCAGCCCGAAGGACAGCAGCAGCCGGUCGAAGAGCCCGAAGGGCCACGCGAAGCCCAAGGGCGCGAAGCAGAAGAGCAUCGUCGCCGGCCUCGGCACGCGCAAGCCCCGGCGCCGGAGCGUCAUCGGCGCGCGGCCGACGUCGCACCACGAGUUGCGGCCGACCACGCACCACGAGCCACCGUCGCGGAAGGGGACGUGGACAGGGACGGGGACGACGACGGGGACGAGCAGCCCGGAGCAGCUGCCGUCGGGCGCACGGACGCCCGCGGAGGACGACGCGCGGGGGCGCAGCGCCGCGACCCGCGACGGGUCGGGCACCGCGACGCCGCGGCACCUCAAGCUCGCGCACCGGCGGAUCGACUCGAUCCGCUCGCAGGCCCCGAGCCGCGAGAUGUCGCCCGCGCGCUCGGUCAGGUUCGCGGACGAGGGGAGCGGCUACGGCGGGGGCGGGAGCGGGACGACGACCCCGAAGCUGGUGUCGCCGAUGAGCCCCGCGUCGGGGACGUUCUCCGCGGCGGGGGCGGACCGGGACAGCCCGGGAGAGGGCGGGGACGAGGACUCGCCGCGGGACCGGGUGCGCUUCAGCCUGCCUUCACCGCCGUCGGAGCACAGGCACGCGUGA